CCAGAUCGCGACUAAUUAGAAAAUCUCUUUAAUGAGAUUAUCCCCUCCAUCCUCCAUCCUCUAUUCUCCAUCAGUCACCCUCCAUCCUCCAUCACCCGUUGGUCGUGAUUGUUUACCUUUUGCGCAUCAUUGUGCUGAUUGCAGCACCUUUUUUGGCACCUAAUCUCCUCCACCCCCUUUCAUUUUCUAAUCCCCCUGUCCACCUCCUCCUCCUCAUCAUCAGCCCACGACAGCCUAUACUGGAGGAGAGAGGAGUCGUGGAGAAAGGAGGGAGGGGAAAGCGAGGACACACCCGCCCGCGUACCGUUGCUUUUGGCCGGUGCACACGGUGAGGAUGCAGCAGACAACAUGAGGUGAUCCCACAUUGGAGAUAUAUUUUUAUAUGUAAAGCAUUUUUUAUUUCAAGAGAGGAGAGCUGAUUGUCUCAACAUCCACACAGAGAUGACUGCAGUCCCACCCUAAGAGGAAGCCCUGCAGCCAGCCGAUCCUCCGCCCCUACCCUGCAGUUCCACAGGCUGCAGGACCCAGACGACCUGAAAGGUGCAGCCUUCGCCUUCCUCCCGGCCCCACACAAUGACUGUUGCCACAGGCGACCCCUCCGACGAAGCGGCGGCGCAUCCGGGCCACCCGCUGGACUACGACCCAGAGGCUGACCACGAGUGCUGCGAGAGGGUGGUCAUCAACAUCUCUGGGCUGCGCUUCGAGACCCAGCUCAAGACGCUCUCGCAGUUCCCCGAGACGCUGCUGGGAGACCCCAAAAAGAGAAUGCGGUAUUUUGACCCGCUGAGGAACGAGUACUUUUUUGACAGGAACAGACCCAGCUUUGACGCCAUAUUGUAUUACUACCAGUCAGGUGGUCGGCUAAGAAGGCCGGUCAACGUCACGCUUGAUAUCUUCUCGGAGGAGAUACGCUUCUAUGAGCUGGGUGAGGAGGCCAUUGAGAUGUUCCGAGAAGACGAAGGCUUCAUCAAAGAGGAGGAGCGUCCUCUUCCCGACAACGAAUUUCAGAGACAAGUUUGGCUUCUUUUCGAGUACCCGGAGAGCUCGGGUCCGGCCAGGAUUAUUGCCAUCAUCUCUGUUAUGGUCAUCCUCAUAUCCAUCGUCAGUUUCUGCCUGGAGACGCUUCCCAUCUUCCGCAAUGAGGAAGAUGAGAUGCACAAGUCCCAUGCAGAGAUCUUUUCACCAGAGACCAACAGUACCAUCAUCAGAUACACGUCCACCUACUUUACCGACCCUUUCUUCAUCCUGGAGACGCUUUGCAUCAUCUGGUUCUCCUUUGAGUUUCUAGUGCGCUUCUUCGCCUGUCCCAGCAAAGCGGGCUUCUUUGGGAACUUAAUGAACAUCAUUGACAUUGUCGCCAUCAUCCCGUACUUCAUCACGCUCGGCACGGAGCUAGCCGACAGUCCUGACGACGGUCAAGCAGGACAGCAAGCUAUGUCUUUAGCCAUUCUCAGGGUUAUCCGAUUGGUGCGGGUAUUCCGAAUUUUCAAGCUCUCUCGUCACUCUAAGGGACUUCAGAUCUUGGGCCAGACCCUCAAAGCUAGCAUGAGAGAGCUCGGACUGCUCAUCUUCUUCCUCUUCAUCGGUGUCAUCCUCUUCUCCAGCGCUGUCUACUUUGCCGAGGCUGAUGAGCCUCAGUCUCAGUUUGAGAGCAUCCCAGAUGCCUUCUGGUGGGCUGUGGUGUCCAUGACCACCGUCGGCUACGGCGACAUGGUGCCGACCACCAUCGGCGGCAAGAUUGUGGGUUCCUUGUGUGCCAUUGCCGGCGUGCUGACCAUCGCCUUACCGGUGCCCGUCAUCGUGUCCAACUUCAACUACUUCUACCACCGCGAGACCGAAGGUGAGGAGCAGGCACAGUACCUGCAGGUGAACGCGCCCAAAGCUGACUCGGCCGAGGAGCUGAAGAAGAGUCGUAGCGGCUCCACCAUCAGUAAGUCGGACUACAUGGAGAUCCAGGAGGCUGUCAAUAACAGCAACGAGGACUUUCGUGAGGAGAACCUCAAGACCGCCAACUGCACACUGGCCAACACAAAUUACGUCAACAUCACCAAGAUGCUCACAGAUGUGUAGUCCGCAGCCCGGCCCUCCUCACAUGUGCUGGAAAACUAAAAGGCAAUAGAAAUUCAGAAUUAUAAACUCCUGCCGCGCUUCACUCCUGCCCUUAAACUGAUACCUGUCAAACAGAGCCAGAUUUUGCAUUUGCAUGGAGUUUUUUUCUAUUUGGCUCUUUAAAAAAAUGUCACGCUGAUGACAGACGCCAACAAUAGUGCACAAAAAAGAAGGGAGCAAUGAAAAAAGCUUUUUCAAAUAAACACUUUAGUCGCUUUAUCCCUCACGUACCAGGGUGCACCGCUCUGCUUUAGGCACAACAAAAAACUCUCUUAUGCGUCAUCAUUUUAAAAAAUGUGGUCAUGCAGCGGGUUCUUUGGGGUGGUGAGGUGCUCCGCAAUAGUCUUCACAAGGAUGAAUGACAGCCAUCAGCACCACUAUGCUGGUGGUUCGAUACCUUUGUCUUUCGCACGCACUAACAUCAGUAUCUGAUGAGUGACUGAGAAUGGCCUUGACGUCUCACUGCUUUGCUCUUAAUGUGCGUGUGUUGCCAUGUAAAAGCCCAUUCACCUGAUUGGUCUUGUACCGCAGAGCUUUGAGGACAACUUGAAUGUUUCUUCUCUGGUUUUUGUUUUGCUUUCACAUUCAGUGCUUAGAUUCACAUAAUAGAUGAAUAGAGGACUUCACCUGUUAGUAGGUGCAUGAUAUUUUUAAAUUCAAUUUUCACUUACUUCCCCCACUGUUUUGUUGGCACACUGCCCUCUACAGGCUGCUACGCAAUGCGUUAAACAUUGAGAAUCUUAAGAUGGGCAUGCACUGUACGAAUUGUAAAUAAGGCCCUGUCCACACAGGAACACUCCUGUUUUUUUGGGGGGGUUUUUUGGCAGGUUGAAAAAAAAUUGCGUCCACACAGUGUUGGAUCAGUAAAUUGCCACAUCCACACGGGAACGGGUUAAUACAUAAUGCACACCUACAGUACAUGUGGCGCUGUAGACAGACACACAGACAAAGCCACGUGAAACACCAGAAGAAGGAAGACUGCUUGCGCACAAGUCGUCUUCCCCUUAUCUGGUUUGUCCAGACUUGGGAUGAAGUGGAAUUACUUUUGCGAGUCACUUUAGAGUAUGAGACAAAAAAAUAUCAGCAGACUGUCUAACAGUGUCAUGCUAGUCGAAAUAUUCAGCUAUUGUGUUAGCUUUUUGGCAGAGGUCACUCCUGGUCAUGUGACGGGGCGGUGACUUAGAUUAUCAGCAUUAUUAUCAGCAUUUUCAGUUCUGAGUUUUCAGAAAGUAUCGGUUUGCUUGUUGUAGACAACACAGCAUUAUCAGAUUUUCCCACCCUGGAGACCUUUUUAAAAAAAUACAGUUUCAUGGCAUGCAGAACGCUGUUGCCAUCUGGAUGAAAGACUGAAACGAUAAAAUACUUUACCGUUUCCACCUGAAAAUGUUCCCGUGUGGACAGGCUCUAAAUGGGUCCAACAACAGUGUGUUGGGCAAAAUCGAGCCCUGAUGCUGGAAUGUAGAUGGUUUAAAAGUGCUUAUUGAAAGCCCUCCUGGGAACAAGCUGUUUUGUGUGUCCGUAGCUUUAAUGCUAACGAGCUGAUUGGCCCCGCCUGUGUCGGACAGAGUGUGUGUUUCCAAGAAGAGCUAUUCUGUACUUAAUCUUACUUUUCCAACGUAAUAGAUGCCAUAUAUCACAUACAACAACAUAACUUAAAAAUUAAGGGGUGGGACAGGAGGACUCAAACGUUAUCAACACUAGCAUAGCUAUGUGAGCUACAGUGCUAAAAUUACACUCACAUUUUAACAGCAACAUCAUGCUAGGUUGGCUUAUUUGCUGAAGAAAAACUAAAUGAUAAAACUUACAGUUCCCACGUCUGUAGCUGACUGACGGACUGACGACUGAGCUUUAGACACUACUUUAAGAUGUGUUGCGAAGCCUGAGGAAGGGGAAUUUUUCUAAGCCACAACUUAAAAAGCUGAAAAUGGAGGGAGAUGGUGGAUUUUUUUUCACAAUUGGUGGUUAUGAACAGGCUCUACAGUAUAACAUUUGAACAUCAUUUUUGUAUAUCUCGACUCAAUCUUUUGGAUCGGGUCCAGUGUUUUUGGCACAGAUCAAGACACAAAUAAUGAGGGAGGCAACGUGCUUCGUUGUUAGAGUUGUUUUUAGCAUUAGCAUUCACUUCCAAAUGUCUUCUGAUGUUUGAUGGUUGGCAAGAAAGGCACAUUACGGUGAUAUACAGCGUACUUAAAUGUAAUGUUUUUUUGGUCUUUCUUCAGCAGAGGUUUACAUUGUACAGUGGAACCUUGGAUAGUAUCAUUAAUUCAUUCCAGAAGGUCCGACACUAACCGUGGCGGAUGCUAACUAAGGUUCCACUGUAUGUGUAUGCAAAUAGACAGCUUCAAAGUUACACGCUCCAGCUUGUUUCUAACAGCGUGACGUACUGUGGCCCUAAAUGAUCAAAAAGACAUGGUACUGGACUGGUAAAAGAGUUUUGCAUCGCAGGAUGGUACAGUGUAUGCCCAGCUUUAGGGGGAUUUCACACAUAUGGUCCUACAUGACACUAGAAGCCUUUGCCAGGUUGCCGUAAGCACAUUGCUGUCGCAGCUGUGACUUUUAACAAUUUAGGAACCUCAAUUCGUGGUGCUCAUCAUGGGUUAAAUAGCAACUUUUUAAGAGUGGAUGUAAAGACACUAUAAGCAUGACCUCAAGUUCAUACCUAGAAGCAUGAAUUAGAAGCUUUCCACUGAGGCAAAAAAAAUUAUACUAUACUAUAUUUAGAAUAUACGACGGAUAUAGAAUACACGUGUCCUUUCACCACACCAGAGACUUUCUAGCAGUGUUGAAGAGACCAUCGCCAUGUUUGUAUUCUUUUUGUGACAAAGCUAAUCUUAACAAGUGAGCUCUGCUUCCAGAGUGCCAAAGAGACACUUUCACUCUCACACUCCUACUAGCCAUUUCCCAGCAUACCUCGGGGCGAUAUUUAAAACCACAGAGAUUUGGGUGGCGUUUAAUUAACAGGAAAAAAAGAGCUUGGCACGUCGUUAAAGAUUAGCUUUGGGAGUAAAUAAGGUUCGGAUUGCAGGAUGGUGUCCAAGCGUUGGCUCAGCACUGCCAAGGUAGCAGCCAGGCACAUCCAUCCGUCCGUCUAUCCAUCCAUCAGCAGCAGUGUAGCUGACCUUGGCUAUCCUCCUCCUGAGCCCCCCUCUUGGUUGGAUGUUAGUGGUCUGAUAUAUGACAGCGAGGCAGACAGUCUGUUUGUAGCAUGUUUUAAUGUUUCAAUGAACUCGCCGUCUAUUUUUAGGCCUUUCCAAUCCUGUUCACCGCGCUCUUCAACAUGCAACAACACGUGUCAUGCCACCGCUGCCAAUGUGUGCUCGCCCACGUUCACACUCACGUGGCGUGAAGGAGAAAAAAAAUGUAAGAAUAAAUUUGCUGCUUUUUCCUUGAAUAUGGAAGGAAAUACGUUUUUAAAAAAAAAGAAUAGAACCUGACUGAUCAGUUUAGCAAUAUUUUAAAAUGUAUCUAAAAGCACUAAUACAAGCUGAAUAACGUGGGAGUGUGUGUAUGUGCGUAAGCGAUGCAUUCAUGCCCGACAAGCUUGACUAAAACAGGUACAUUUUGCCAUGAAUUUCUUUAUUUUAUCACAGAAUUUUUUUUUUUAUAUGAAACCCUACUAAAUUCUCAUGUGAAUGAGAACGAUGCGCAUCGAUAAAUGUCCUCGCCGUGUUCAUGUAUCACUCAUGUACUUUAUCUUUUAAAAGGGUUGGGAAAAGAAGGUUGUCUAUGGGAGUAUGUCUAUGUGUGUGAGCAACAUGUUCUCAUGGGAACUUUGUGGUAAUUCAUACAAAAAAAAAAAGUUAAAAGUCACACAACCAUGAAAAUUGCUACUCCUCCACAAACAUGGCUGACAAGCUGCACUAAAAACAGUCAAUGUUGCCAUAAACAUUUUUUAAUUUGCUACAAUUGCACAGAUAAACCAUUUAAAAAUGGUUUUCUCCAAAUUCCUGUGCUUGAAUUAAUAAAUAAAGCACAGUUAUUUUGUUGUAUGAAAUCCUACAACAUUCUCGUGUGAGUGAGAAAGAGGGAGCGUUGACAAAUGUCCCUGCUGUGUUUAUAUGUCACUAUAUGUACUUUAUCUUUUAAAUGGGAUGAAAAAAAAAAGUCAAAGAGGUUGUCUAUGGGCGUGUGUGUGUGUGAGGAACGUGUUCUAAUGGGCAACUUUGUGAGGAACCAUCCAAAAAAAACCCUCAUACCACCAUAAAAAUGACCAUUCCUCCACAAACAUGGCCAACAUGCUGCACUAAAAACAGUACAUUUUGCCAUGAAAAUGCUUUAAUUUGUCACAGUUGCAAAGAUAAUAUUCAAAAGAUGUUUUCUGCUAUUUUUUUGUAUGAAAUCCCAAAUUCUUGUACGAGUGAGACAGGUGAGUGUCAAUACACGUCCUUGCUGUGUUUAUGCAUCAUUCAUGUUGCGCAUCUUUUUAGUGGGAUGGAAAAAAAAACAUUCAAAAAUGUUGUCUAUGCAUGCAAACACAUUUCUCUGGAAAGAUCUUUGUGGUUUAAAGUGACCGCAACACCUCGGCCACAUUGCUGUAGCAGGAGCACACAAUGUUGACGGUUGUUCUUCAUUUCUGCAUAUUUUCUGUCGUUUCUCAUUUUUGGUUUGUUUUUUUUCAUCGGGACCCCCAAAAAAAUGUCAUCCUCCACCAGCAGAUUCACUCCACAAGCAGGGAGCCUGACAGUGAGGAGGAACGGUGGGAAAUCUAUGCAUCGCUAUAUAAGAGACUAUUAAAGCGCGGCUUUAUACUAAUAAUGAACCAUACUUUGCUGGCACAAACGUGAUGUGACACUUGCAUCUGAAACAAACCUUAAAAAAACACACAAAAAAUGUUGCAAUAUUCUGCUGUCUGAACGUACAUUUCUAUUGUUGGGGGUUUGUUUGACCUGCAUGAAAACACACACACAAAGUGAACCAAGGUGACCAAUAUGCAAUAUGUAUGCAUGUGUGUGCUCGAGAAAGAAUGUCUGAUUAUGUGACUUUCACUGAAACAAUAUGUGCAGUUGUUCAUCCCUUCCGUAUCAUAUAGCGGACUGGAAGCUUCCAUCAGUGGAUAACGGCUUUUUCUUUCUAUGAAAUGAAAAUGUGGGGGAUGUUCUGUAAAUAUAAGAGGCGAUGGGAGAGCAAAGAAGCUGUAUUAUAUUCUCCAUGUGAUGUCUGGAUUCAGCAAGUAUAGUAUUAACUGCACUUUACAAGACCAAAAGGACAAACUAUGGAAAAGGAAGCGGUUUUGAGUAAGAAAAAAAAAAAAUUGCAUUUAGGGUGCGUUCACACUUGGCACGUUUGGUUUGGUUAAAAGGGACCCUGGUGAGAGGUGGGUCUCAGUACGCUGGUGCAGUUGGGUUCACUUGAACUCAAAUAAAUAACCCCCCCGCCCAACGAGUUCAAAUUUAGGUUUGGAAUAUUUGUGUUCUGUCACGUAAUAUGUCACAAAAAAUGUCCAAUCAGAUCUUUACUUGAUGCAUAUGUUCUUUACCGCACAACCUUUGUUCCCAUGACGAAAAUACCAAUGUGAACGCUAAGCGUACCGCACCACAGUGCGCACCGAGUAUCUUUUCUGUGUGAACGCAGCCAUAGUCCUUCCUAAAUGAGCAUAACGCUGACAUAUAGGAUACCAAUAACAAUGAAGCCAAUAAUAAUUCAAGUGAAACGUGUGUUUUCUUGUUGACUGUUCUCCAUGCAUGUACCUUACACAGAAGGUUUUUCUUCCACUCCCUUCACCCCCACCCCGAUUGAUUUGAAGGCUACUUUUAGCCCGAGCACACCAAACGUGCUGCAUCGAUCAAAGGCCUCUUUGCUGCUAUUCUCAGUGUCUUCUGCAUCUUUGUAGCCGUGGGCGGCGCGAAGGACAUUUUCAAACGCCUCCUGGUGUCUUCACCAUCUUUCUGCCGUUCGCCUUAAAGUGCACAGUAGCCUGCAGUUUGAAAGAGAGCGGCGGUGUGUCUAUUUUUAGCCUUUUCGUUGGAGAAAGAGAGAGGAAGAGGAGGAGGAGGAAACAGAGGGAAGCAAGGCAAAAAUACUUCAAAGAAAAAUCACUUGCUUAACUGGCUAUGUUGAUGCGAAGUGGACAUAUCGAUAUUCAUCCAUAUGUCCACUAGAAGCAUCUAGUAGAGCAUACAUAAAAAUAUGGCCAUUUUAUAUGCAAAUUGACAUGCUACACUAUCAAGUCUACUAUAAUGUACAUAUUUCUGAUUGUGGGUAGAAAUUAAUUCACAAAUUAUUAUU